AACGAGAAACGAGUCGUUAGGAGGAUGCGUAGCCUCCUUCCGCCGCUUAACUUUCUUACUCUCCAUUAUCUAUAUUUCAUUAUCAUGGGCUUGCUAUGGAGCCUUAUAUUUUGGGCCUCUUCCGAACCAGCUAAGACCAUCACCUAUACUGAUUCGCUAUUCUUGAGCCUCAGUGCUAUGACCGGAGCCGGCUUGAAUACUGUCAACCUUUCCACCCUAAAUACAUUCCAGCAGGUUGUCCUGUUCUGCUUGAUACUACUCGGUCAUCCCAUUUUGAUCUCAAGCACCGUCCUUUUUGUACGCAAACGCGCUUUCGAAACAAAAUUUCGUGGGAUUGCCGAGGAGCAUGCACAGAGAUGUUUAUCACUCCAACAUUCUAUUCAUCUACCUCGCAUUGGGAAAAAGAAACACGAAGCGAAAGAUUUCAAUACGUCUGACUCUAAACAGAACACACCUGAGUCACACCAAAAAGGCACCGGGGCACAACAUCAUCUGGCAGUCCUCCGGCUCAAAGUAGCGAAUAAAGAUGUGUCUUCUGAAACUCCGUGUCAGGAUCCCGAUACAAUUGGGUGGGUCGAUGAUGAUCAAAUCACUAUCAGCACCACUGCCCGUGAAAGGAACAGGCAUCGCGUCUUCCCGAUGGCUGGCAUUGGUGCGCACCCAGAUGCAAAAGACCCCAAAGAUGCAGUUCCUAGUUCAUUUAUUGACGAUGAACGGCGUCCAUCACUCAUCAAAAAUGCCAUCCGAGGCACUCAAAAAUAUUUUCUCUCGAGGGGCUUCAUAUCACGCAACUCUCAAUUCCAUGGUCUCACUGUCUCUGAUCGUGAAAAACUGGGUGGCGUGGAGUAUAAAGCCAUCUCGUUCUUGUCCGUCGUCGUCCCCUUGUACUUUUUAUUGUUCAACAUUCUCGGUGCUGUAGGAAUCGGGGCAUGGAUAACUGCUUACCGACCCGCUGUUGCGCGUGUCAAUGGCUUGAACCCAUUCUGGACCGGGGCCUUUUUUGCCGUUUCUGCAUUCGGGAAUAACGGAAUGUCUCUUCUAGACGUCAAUAUGACUGCCCUGCAGACCAGUGUCUAUGUUCUUCUGACGAUGGGAUUCCUUAUCCUUGCGGGAAAUACACUCUAUCCUUGUUUUCUUCGUCUUUCCAUCUGGGCAAUUAGACGUCUGCUUCCCACAACGUUAUGGUUUGAAGAGUGGAGUCGGCAUACCUGGUACUUGCUUGCUACAGUUAUAUUACUGAAUGGAAUCGACUGGGCGGGGUUUGAAUUGCUCUCCAUCGGAAACACGAGCAUCCGAAAUCUAGGUGCCUAUCGCGUUAUAGACGGACUGUUCCAAGCCUUCGCCGUGCGAUCCGGUGGUUUUUAUGUCGUCACAAUUGCCAAUUUGCACCAGGGGUUACUGGUUCUUUAUGUGCUGAUGAUGUAUAUCUCGGCACUCCCUGUACUGCUAAGUAUUCGAAACACCAAUGUCUAUGAGGAACGCUCUCUAGGCAUCUACGCGGACGAUCAUCUCGCUGAGGACCAACGGCACCACGCUUCAUUAGGCACCAUCUUUGGUCACGUCAAGAGUCUAUUUACGUCAUUCGGCAGUGACCAAAGGGGGGGAAAUGCCAGGCAAGAUGACGAGAACAAGGCCUCGCGCAGCUACUUUGUCCGUCAACAACUACGAUCACAACUGAGCCAUGAUAUCUGGUGGAUUUGUCUUGGGGUACUAUUUAUCAGCAUUGCAGAGGGGCCUUCAUACUCGAGAGACCCGGUAACUUUCUCCACAUUCAAUAUUAUCUUCGAGGUCGUUUCGGCCUACGGAUGCGUGGGUCUCACCGUGGGCCUGCCGGACCAGAACUAUUCGUUUUCGGGUAGCUGGAAUGUCAUUAGCAAACUCAUCUUGGUCGCUGUCAUGCUACGUGGACGCCAUCGUGGACUUCCAGUUGCUAUUGACAAGGCUAUUAUGCUACCGGACGAGUCGCUAGCUUGGGCUGAAGAAGAGGACGCGGCAUUGCGGUUGGAGCGUUCAAAGACGUGGAACAGGGCACAUGGCGGUCCAAGAGGAAUGGAAAUUGUGUGA